AUCAAAGAUGGCGGGAGCCUCCGACCCACUGGAGGACAUGCUCUUCAAUGAGGUGGAUGAGAAAGCAGUUAGCGACCUAGUUGGCUCUCUGGAAUCACAGCUGGGCGACCGAAAGGCACCCGGGGCGUCUUAUUCCGACGGGAAACGGGACGCAGCUCCGCCGCCGGUUACACACUUCUCAGGAAAAGUGCGCGAGCCACCGGGGUCUGUGGAGCCGCAACAAGGGCAUCAGAAAGCGGGGUUAACCGGAGAACAGGGCGCUAAUGAGUCGCUUUCCGGUAAACCUCUCACCUCCUCUACCUCCUCUGUGUCCGCCGGGGCCGUGACUCCCGCCGCAGUUGCUCCUCAGACAGUCGGAGCUUCACCGACCGUCCCCCCCGCACCGGGACCCGGAACUUUGAGCACUCAGUCCGGGGCUGCUAGCUUCCCCCGAGCGGCGGUCCAGGGUCCGAGCACCACCACCGGCCCCCCGGGGGAGGCGAUCCGGACCGCGUCUCCCGGAGUACAAAGUUUGAACGGCAGCCCCGGAGCUGUGAAGUUGGUGAACUCCCCCGCAGCCCCCCCAGCGGUCGGGAGCGGGUCUGUUAUCAGCACUGUCAGUCCCGGGGGGUCCACGAUCAUCGCCCCCAUGGCCUCACAGCCCGGGUUCCCCGGACACCCACAGACCUCAGCGGUGACCCCUGGUGGACCCCUGCAGAGACACACUGGCCCAGUGACCCAGAAUGGAGUGGACCCCAAAGGAGCCCCACUGGUGGUCCCGGGUGCACCCUCGCCUCAGGUCCUGAACCACAGCACGGCCCCUCUGCACACCAAGGUACUGCUGCCCACCCAGCCCACCUCCGGGAGCUCCGUCAUCCUGACCAGCACCCCCCCUCUCACCGCUCAGUCCCCCGUCAGUCAGACCCAGACAGGGCCCAGUCCGGCUCCCGGGGGCAUGAAGACCACCGUGAAUGGGGUGGCCCCGCCCACUGUGGCCUUGGUAAGACCACCAGGCGUAGCUGUGGGGGCCACCUCCGUCCAGCAACAGAGGCCUGGGCUGGUGGCUACACCCACCAGAGCGGCGGCCCCUCAGCCCCAGAUUGCGGUCCGGCCUCAGCAGCAGACCACCAUCCAGCUGCCCCCCGGGUUCUCCAUGCCGCCAGGUAUGGUUCUGGUCCGGACCGAGACCGGUCAGCUGGUGAUGGUCCCUCAGCAGGUCCUGGCUCAGGCUCAGGCAAAGACGCAGCAGAGCCAGACGGUCGGCAAUAUCACACAGAGACCAGCCACGCCAACCGCCGCAGCCACCAUCCGAGUUUCCACCGCCUCCACGGUUCCUCAGACAGUCCGUUUAGCUACCCCUGCUCAGACCAGAAUGGUUCAUUCUCCCUCCACCAACACAGUUCAGAAGGCCAUCACGGUGGCUCCUGGCGGUGCUGCGGUGUCGGUGAAGAUGACCCCCCCUCAGAAGGCCCAGACCGUGAUCACAGCAGGCGGGACGCCUACGGCCAAACCAGCCGGAGUCCCCACUACCCCCCAUACCAGCACGCCGCCCACCACUACCACCACGCCAGCUAACAGAGUCACAGUGGUGUCACAGGAAAUGCAAGAAAACGUGAAGAAAUGCAAGAACUUCCUCGCCACGCUCAUCAAGCUGGCAUCCCACAACUCGCCCUCCCCAGAUACCUCCAAGAAUGUGAAGGCCCUGGUGCAGGACCUGCUGGAUGCAAAGAUCGAGCCUGAGGAGUUCACCACUCGGCUGCAGGCUGAGCUCAAGUCCUCCCCACAGCCCUACCUCAUCCCCUUCCUCAAGAAAAGUCUCCCUGCUCUCCGUCAGUCUCUGCUCAGCAGUCAGCAGUCCCUGGUGACCCCGAGCACAUCAGUGCCCCCCCUUGCUGCCCCCGGCUCCGUCACCACAACCGCCAUCAGACCACGCCUACCCAUCAGCCCGGCCAGCAGCACAGUCAGACUGAACCCGCCGCUCACCAACACUCUGGCUGUGAACAGAGCAGGUGCUCAGAGCGUUCAGACCCGCUCACCUGUCGUCUUCAGUCAAAGUAUCAGACCUCAAGGGAAUCUCGUUAGAGGACCUACAACUAUCAUCGGAAAAAGUCCUGUUAACCUUGCAGCUCAGGCCAAUCAGAGGAAGCUGAGUGACCCUGGGGGCGGGACUUUCAGAGAUGACGAUGACAUCAACGAUGUGGCGUCCAUGGCUGGCGUCAACCUUAACGAGGAAAACGCCCGUAUCCUAGCAACCAGCUCUGAGCUGGUAGGGACAAAGAUCAGGUCGUGUAAAGACGAGUCCUUCCUGCCCACCGGCCUGCUGCACCGGCGCAUCCUGGACACAGCUAAGAAGCUCGGUGUGAGCGAGGUUCCCCUGGAGGUGGUUAACUUCAUCUCCCAUGCCACCCAGUCCAGACUGCGCUCGCUGCUUGAGAAGGUUUCAGCCGUCGCUCAGCACCGAGCGGACGGGGGCAAGGAUGAAGAGCAUCACGAGCCGACGUCGGACGUUCGCUCUCAGCUGCGUUUCUUUGAGCAGUUGGAGCGGAUGGAGAAACAGAGGAAAGACGAGCAGGAGAGAGAGAUCCUGCUGAAGGCUGCCAAGAGUCGAGCGAGACAAGAAGAUCCCGAGCAGGCUCGCCUGAAGCAGAAGGCUAAAGAGAUGCAACAGCAGGAGCUGGCUCAGAUGAGACAACGAGACGCCAACCUCACAGCGCUCGCCGCCAUCGGGCCGCGCAAGAAACGCAAAAUGGACUCACCGGGGGGGUCGACGGCUGGCACAGAGGUGGCGUCAGGCUCGGGUGCAGGCUCCUCCUCCUCGCCGGCCUCCUCACGCCAGCAGCUCCGUCAGCGGAUCACACGAGUUAACCUCAGGGACUUCAUCUUCUGUCUGGAGCAGGACCGCACCACGGCUCGCUCUCUGACGCUCUACAAGGCUCUGCUGAAAUGAGGAGCCCCCUGCCCCCCCACCCUCCCCCGCUCGCUCACGUCCUCUGAGGUGGUUCAUGGUCGCCGUUCAUUCUGACUCCUGCAGCAUCGUCUACUGAUCAGUUUGUCCUCCUCAAGUGUUCUUAGGGUUGUCACAAUACCAGAUUUUUAAACUUCAGUACCAAUCAGGAUCGAAACGUGUUGAUACCAUGGCAACAGAAACGGAAGUCCUGGACACUCGGAGUUUGGUCAUUUAUUGUUUUUAAUUAUGGAAAGUCAUGAUGAUGUUAAAAAUGAAUCCUGAGGUGAAGAACGUUCAGAGUGAUGUCAGACUGAGAGAUGAGCUGCUCAGGUCGUACCUGAACAGGUGUCUUCACAGCUCACAUAUUUAUGGACUGAUCCGGCUGCACUCGCUGAAAGUCGCAGGAUCCUAAACGUGUUUUUAGAGUUUGGAACGUUCACGUCAAACCGUCAGAUUUUAAACUUAUCAUAAAUCAUGAAGAUGUUUUUUUUUUAUCGAGCAUCAUGUCGUCAUCAGAACGAUGUGACCCCACGCAAAGUUCUGAUGAACGACACAGAAGGUGUUUAGAGAGAGAGAGAGUGUGUGUGUGUGAGUGAGUGAACAGUUGUUGCAGGCUUGUGGGAUAAGGAUGCUGACUGACACAUAGGAACAGUUAAAGGAACGGUUCAACAUACAGAUGAAUCCUCUUUUCUACAGAGCAGAUUAGCUUAGCACAAAGACUGGAAACGAGUGGAACCUGCUAGCCUGGCCUCAGUGAACUCAGAUCUGGAUUCUCUCGUAGGUUAUGAGUAAAAAUGUUUCCUGUGGAGCCGUGAGCCAGUGUUUUGGAUGAAACGGUGUCCAUGUUUACAUGUCUCCUCGUCUUUGUGUAACUUCCUGGUUCUCACAGCUGCUGUCGCUUUAAGAAGCUUCUGAAUCUGUUUUCAAAAAAACCUUGAGAACGUUUCAGUACCAAAACAUCACCAUUAACCCUUUUCAGAAUACGUUUCUCCAAAAGCACCGUGACUAAGCCCAGCCGUCAUCACGUCUUAUUACUUUCUUACUGAUUCCACGACGCCGUAAUAUCUGCGUCCCAGUCUGUGAGGUCACAUUGUUUCGGCUUUGUGGAAGCACGGCACAGCGGGAGCUCCACAUACAAACUCAGUCAGACAUGCACACACACAGCGCUGUUCUCCCCCGCUGGCUCAGCUGAUCCCGUCUCUCCUCUGUAACGCCUCUGAAGACGGUACAGAGGGGGGGGUCACUUCCUCCCCACAUUACGCCGCCAUGACAUUCAGACUGAAGGAGAAACAUCGGCGGUAAAAAUCACAGCUUGAAACGGCGCUCUGAACAGAGCUACGUCACUGCAGGAUUUAACCUGCUAUAUUUGACGUUUUCUAUCCUCUCAUGUACGGAAACCCCAAGUGGACAAACCUUUAAUUCUACUGUGUUUUCCAAUAUGAUCUCAAGAAAACAAGUCGUGAGACAGUCAGUGCGUGAUCUCGGGUUGACGUGAUGACUACAUCAAGAUCUGAACAAACAAAAUGGCCAACUUUUAAUAACCUUUUGUUGAAAUUGAUCGAACAAAUUAUAUUGUUUUUAAAAAUGUGUCAUCAAAAAGAUCACAUGUACCAAACCGUCGCCAUGAACCUUUGAACACAGCCAUGCUAACUUUCAUCCUGUUUUUUCAUGCUAAGCUAAACUAGCUUUUUCACUGUUUCCAUGAUUUAUGCUAAGGUAGCAGUUCCCCAAGUUAAGCUGUCAUCAUUAUUAUGCUGAUCUAAACUGUUUCCAUCAGUAAUUAGUCUUUAUGCUAAGCUAAACUAGCCUUCUCCACCAGCAUUGUCAUUAUGCAAAGCUAAAUCGGCGUAUCCUCUCCGUGAUCAGUCUUAGUGCUAAGCUAAAUAAGCUUUUUCCACCAAGUUCUGAGUCAUCAAGCUAACAUAAAGUAUCUCUGUUUCCUUCUGUCAUGCUAAGCUUAGCUAGCAGUUUGUCUGGUUUAUUUUCAUUAUGCUAAGCUAAAACAGCUUUUAAGUAUUUUUUGUCUUCAUGCUAAGCUUAACUAUCCUUUCCACAUUAUGUGUCACAGUCAUUUUGCUUCUUAUGUCAAGCACUAUGACAAAUAACUGGAUGAAAGGCUGAUUAAGCUUAGCAUAGCUUAGCUGUUCUUUAGUCAUUAUGCUGAGCUCAGAAAGCCUUUUCAGACAGUUGAAGGACUUCAUGCUAAGCUAAACUAGCUGUUUCCAUCUUUACAGUCAUUAAUCUAAGUUAGCUAGUUAAGCAAGAAAUACAAGACAUUUUAGGAAACUGCUAGCUUGUCUGUAAUCUGUGAUUUGGCUUUUUUCAACUUUUUUAAACAUUAUGCUAAGCUAAACAAGCAAUUUUCUCCAGUUUCUUGUCAUUUUGCUGAUUUAAAGUAUUUGUUAGCCAGUAUGCAAUUCUCAAAACAAUUUCCAGCCAGAAUAUAGUCACUAUGCUAAUUUAAAAAGUGUUUUCGGUGUUUCCAGUCUUUAAACCAAGCUAGCAGUUUCUUGUCAUUACACCAAACUGAAGUAGCUUUUUCCCUAGUUUAUUGUCGUAGUAUGACAAGAUAAUGGAAGAAUCUGCUAGCUUAGCUGGGUAUAAUGACCUCUAAUAAAGGGAAACUGCUAUUUUAGCACUUAGCAUGAAGGCUAAAAACUGUCUGAAAAGGCUAUUUGAGCCUAGCAAAAUGACUAAAACCUGCUGGAAAAGGCUAGUUUAGCUUAGCAUAAAGACUAACAAAUAGUGAAAAAAAGAUGGAUUAGUUUAGCAUAAUGACCAGAUAAUUGAAGGACAGUGCUAGCUUGUUUCCAUCUAUUAUCAGUCAUUAGUCUUAGGUUAACCUUUUUUGGAUUUUAAGCAUUAUGCUAAGCUAAAGUAGCUUAUGCUAACUGAAGCUAACCCUGUGCUGUCUGUCUGUUCAUGGUUCUCACAGACAUGAUCGCAUCAUGAUUCUGAAACAUCAAGAGAAGAGGAUAAUUUAAAUGUUGAACUGCGCCUUUAACUCGUGAAUUACAGUUUUUUUUUUAGUUUCCGUUGCUCGUCACAGGGAGCUGGUUCUCCUUCACACUGUCAAACUCACUCGGGCUGCGUUCAUGAAGGCUAACAAACCACAGGUCAGACUACAUUCCUCCUCUUCGUCCCGCCACUUAGCUCAUCAUGCAGCUCGUCUCGAUCUGAAGCGUCGACCCCGUAGCGUUGAAGGUGAACCUGUCCGAGUAGUUGAAUAUGCAGUUUAUCUUCACAGUUUGAGAGUUUUGAAGCGGAUAUUCAAAGCGGUGUGUACAUUGAAGGUUUUUAACGCUUUAAAUGUCUCUCCCCUCAUAUCGGGCAUUUGGUUUGUAUAGUCUCUAGCUGAGCGACGCUGUGCUGGAUCUCCUGUAUAUUCAGUCACAGCGCCAUCUGUUGGAAGGACACAAUUUUUGCGACUAUUUAUAUUUCCUACAUUCUGUAUUCAAUCCUGACGCAUUUCAGGCAAUGCAAUUUUACAGUUGUUUGUACCUUUGCAAAAAAAAUGAAAUAAAGAAAAUGAGAAAGAA